ACUGCUGCUAGUCUAGUCUAACGCCAUUACCCACUAACAGCAUAAAUGGAAGCAAAAAGCACCAAGCCUCAAAAGCCACUAAUUCCUCUCCUUCACUACCUCUAACCAAAAGCUUGAUCUCCAUAGACCAUAGCCAUGGUAGAGAGCGAGCAAGUCCGACCACUAGCCCAGGAGACCGACUUUCAUCCCAUCGAUGGCCUGGAAAACGACGUCGCUCUAAAUAAAAAACUCCGUCGUCGAAAAUACAUCAAAUGCUGUGCUUGUGUGUCCUCCUUGAUCCUAAUCCCAGCCGUCGUGGUCGUGAUUCUCAUCUUCACGGUUUUCCGCGUGAAGGAACCGAUUAUCAGAGUGAACAAGUUCACCGUCAUACAUCUGGAGCUGGUUAACAACACGGUCCCAAAGCCCGGUUCAAACAUAACGAUAAACGCCGACGUAUCGGUGAAGAAUCCGAACGUGGCUUCGUUCAAGUACACUAACACGACCACCACGUUGUUCUACCACGGCACGGUGGUCGGCGAAGCCCGAGGUCCCCCGGGGAAAUCGAAGGCCAGAAGGACCAUGAGGAUGAAUAUCACGGUUGACAUCAUCACGGAUCGGAUGCUGUCGAACCCGAAUUUGAUGUCGGAUGUUGGUUCGGGUCUGUUGAGCAUGAACAGCUAUUCGAGUAUUUCGGGCCGGAUAAAGAUUUUGGACAUUAUUAAGAAACAUGUUGUUGUCAAAAUGAAUUGUAGCAUGACCGUUAAUAUUUCGAGCCAGGCGAUUCAGGACCAGAAGUGCAAGAGGAAAGUCAAGCUUUAGGUUAUGGCAUGUUUGGGAUUGGAGCUUAAUUUUUCAGAGCAAUAGAAAGUAGAAAUCACAGUGAUAUAGAGUAAUAUAUUUUCUUUAUGAACGAGUAUAGCAAGUUUUUAUAUACAUGUAUAGAUUUAGCGUUUAAAGCAUUUUCCUUUUUCUUUGCACUUAUUUCUUUUUUUCUUUUUUAUUUUCUUCUUUUUAUUAUAACUAUUUAUCAUGUAAUAGGUUUUACAAGUUGCAGUGAUCUUCUUAAUUGGUCUUUAAUUA